AUGGCUGGUGACGAUGAACAAAGGCUCCUUGAAGGAAACAAGGGCUCGAACUCUUCCAAGACCUCAGAACCAUGGGAGAAUUCCAAUCAUCCACUUUUUCUCCAUCACUCAGAUCAACCAGGCGCAAUCCUUGUUUCACAACCACUGAUGGAAGACAAUUAUACAACAUGGGUGCAGUCAAUGAGCAUGGCACUUACUAUUAAGAACAAGAAGGGCUUUGUAGAUGGAACUCUCAAAAGGCCGACUCACAACCCUGAUGAGCAACAGCAAUGGGACCAUUGUAACAUUCUUGUCAAAACUUGGUUGCUUGGAGCCAUUUCGAAAGAUAUCUCAGGCAGUGUCAUCCAUUGCAAGGAUGCAAGAGAAAAUGCCAUUCAUGACUGUGAACAAGGUACAAACUCAGUCACAUCCUUUUUCACGAAGCUGAAAAGCCUGUGGGAUGAGAAGGACGCCCUCUGUGCGUUUCCACCUUGCAAUUGUGAUGCAGCUACGGAGGUUAAGGCCUUUAUGGAAACACAAAAGACCAUGAAAUUCCUGAUGGGACUUAAUGAAAGCUAUGCACAGACCUGA